AUGGAAGGUGAGGCAGUUGAAGCUAUGGUGGAAGAAUCAGAAACUUUUAUUAAGGGAAAAGAGAGAAAAACCUAUGAAAGACGCCGUAAAGCUGGGCAGGAGGACGAUGCUUGUCGUAUACCACCAAACCAAGCAGAUGGGGGUGAAGUAGUUCAGGAUGUCAACAGUGGUGUGCAGAUGGUUAUGAUGGAACAGUUGGAUCCAACACUUCUUCAAAUGAAGACUGAAGUAAUGGAAGGUGCAGUGCCGGCUACAGUGGAUGACACACAGAUCAGAACACCUCAGGUUGUUAAUAUGGAAGAGCAGCCUAUAAAUCUUGGUGAGCUUCAGCUGGUCCAAGUACCAGUUCCAGUGACUGUACCUGUUGCCACCACUUCUGUGGAAGAACUAGGAGCAUAUGAAAAUGAGGUUUCCAAAGGAGGCCUGCAAGAGGGAGAGCCCAUGAUCUGUCACACUCCCCCUUUACCAGAAGGCUUCCAGGUAGUGAAAGUGGGUGCAAAUGGUGAGGUGGAGACGCUGGAACAAGGUGAACUUCAGCCCCAAGAAGAUCAAUGGCAAAAAGAUCCAGACUAUCAGCCCCAGCCAAAAAAAACAAAGAAAAACCAAAAGAGUAAGCUACGCUACACUGAGGAAGGCAAAGAUGUGGAUGUCUCUGUGUAUGAUGUUGAAGAGGAGCAACAGGAGGGUUUGUUGUCUGAGGUCAAUGCAGAAAAAGUAGUGGGUAACAUGAAGCCACCUAAACCAACCAAAAUCAAAAAGAAAGGUGGGUUUUGUAAGCGGAUUUCUAAACUGCACUGGUUGUGA